AUGGCUCGCGCGCACGGCGCAUUCCUGCUGCAGCUGCUGGCCGCGGGCCUGCAGGUCGUCGCGCUCGCGGCGACCAUCACAGUCACACAGACGGACGACCCGCGGUGCCGGCCGAGCCUGCCGCGGCGGGGCGCCAUCGCGGUGUACCCGAGCGACAUGGAGCAGCUGCAGUUCCUGCUCAACCCCAAGUUCGUGGAGGCGGAGUGGUUCCUCCACGCCGCGCUGGGCCGCGGCAUCGACUACCUCGACCGCAACCUCUCGGCGGGCGGCCCGGCCCCCGUCGGCCCGCGCAAGGCCAGCCUCGACUUCCGCACCACCGAGAUCGCCGCGGAGCUCGGGUACCAGGAGGUGGGCCACAUCAGGGCCAUCACGCAGGCCAACGGCGGGUUCCCGCGCCCGCCCAUCGACCUCAGCGCCGACCGCUUCGCCGCCAUCAUGGACGACGCCCUGGGCGCGCGCCUCGACCCGCCCUUCGACGCCUACAACGGCACCGUCAACUUCCUCCUCGCCUCCUACAUCCUGCCCCACGUCACCGCCGCCGCCGCCGUCGGCAUCAGCCCCAACCUCAUGGGCUACGCCUCCAAGCGCCUCCACGCCAGCGUCCUGGCGGUGGAGGCCGGGCAGGACGCGGUGAUCAGGAUGCUGCUGUACCAGCGCGCCGACGAGACGGUGGCGCCCUACAAGGGGCGCACGGUGGCCGAGUUCACGCGCCGGAUCUCCGACUGGCGCAACGAGCUGUCCGGCUGCGGCGCCAAGGACGAGGGGGUCAAGGUGCUGGACCGGCAUCAGGGCGCGGAGCGACGCACCAUCAGCAACAUCCUCGGCGCCGGCGUGGACUCGCUCGGGUACCAGCGCACCCCGGCGGAGGCGCUGCGCAUCCUCUACGGCUCGCGCAACGAGCAGGUCCCCGGCGGGUUCCUGCCCCGGGGCGCCAACGGCACCAUCGCCAGAGGAUUUGUCCAGCUCGCAUAG